AUGGCGUUGCUGGCGAAAGGAGUGACAUCGCGUAAUGUGGCCCGUUUAUUCAAAACUAACAUUGGAACAAUUGAAUCAUUAUCGUACAAUCUAUGCAGAAAUGCUAUUGCUAUGCAACGGCGUGGUGUGGUUGCUGGAAGGGCUAAUUUUGUUGUCAAUUUUGUGCCACAACAAGAAGCUUGGGUAGUGGAACGAAUGGGAAAAUUUCACUCCAUUUUGGAACCGGGUCUAAAUAUUCUUCUGCCAUUUUUGGAUCGUAUCAAAUAUGUGCAGAUAUUGAAAGAAUUGGCAAUUGAGGUACCACAGCAAGGUGCCGUGACAAGUGAUAAUGUACAACUGCAAAUUGAUGGAGUUUUAUAUCUUCGUGUUGUGGAUCCAUUUAAGGCAUCUUAUGGUGUGGAAGAUCCGGAAUUUGCAAUAACUCAACUUGCCCAGACAACAAUGCGCUCAGAAGUUGGCAAAAUUAAUUUAGAUACAGUUUUCAAGGAACGUGAACAGCUCAAUAUUCAGAUUGUUGGUGAGUUUCAGUUUGGCAUAAUAUACACAGAUGUUCAAACUGAUGAAUAA